AUGCAAGAUGAAUAUCUCCAGGACGGGCGCAAAAGGAGGCAGGAACUUCAAAAUCUAUUCAAUGUUGGCAGUAAAUUAGGAUAUACAUCUGGUGAGCUUUCGGAAGCAUUGCAUGAGGGACGAAGUCAAGCAUUCAUUGACGUGCUGAUGGCCUGUCUGCCCAAUGUUUCAACCCUGUAUCUCUCCCCAGGAUGGCUCCCACGAAGCACACUGUCACAGUCGAGUCACCUCCAGAAACUGCAGAGCCUUACUGUUUUUGGGUCGCCAUUUGACCAGAAUCCAGAUAUCGGAUACCGAGAAAUGUUUGUCAAGGACGCUGGAAGGCUCUUCUUUCUGCCUACCGUCCGCAAAGUUUCUAUAUUUGACAUCCAUCUUUCCUGCUUCUCUGAUCUGAUCGAAGUAAAUACGGCCCGGACUUCCAGCAUCACAGACCUUACACUAGUCCCUGGUGGUGACUAUCCUUUAAUUGAAGAUUCUCGCACUACCCUGAGAGAGUGCCUGAAACAGCCGCAGGCGUUGGUAUCGCUGACUGUGUUUCUACCUCGAUACACGUCGAUGGUAGAUCAAACAUUACCAAGCAACAUUAUUCCCAAUGACGAAUUGUGGCGUAUACUAUCCUUCCACAAACACUGUCUGGAAUACCUCGACAUAUAUGACCAGGAUGCCGACUGUGAUCGAUCCAGCUUCUUGUGGAAGCCUCACUUGAGCAAGCUCGAUGGCUUCGAACGUCUCCACACCUUACGUAUCCUCCAACAGAGUUUGGUCGGUGGCUUCAAUGGUAUCAGGGAGGCGUCUUUUAGAUUGCAAGAAACAUUGCCAGUGUCAAUCCGAUCCUUGACGAUCUAUGCAAAUCGGCCAGAAGGUUUGAGGUUUGAGCAACAGAUUCUUGAAGCUAUGCAAAAUUUCAAAUUCCAGAAGCUUGCAUUCCUCAUAUUCCAAGAAGUUUCAGGCUCUACGAGUAUUUCUAUGCAAACAUAUAAAGAAUUGGUCAGAGUUUGUAGUGAUCGCAACAUUUCCUUGGCAUUUCUAGAGCAUGACCAUCUGCCACGUGGCGGCAAGAGUCUACUGGAGUAUGGAGAAGCCCAUGAUCCAGAGCAGUAUAUAUCCCAAGGCGGUCGGUAG